AUGUCAACUUCCAAAUGUGCAUCAGAAUACAACAGAUCGAAAAAAUAUAACAAUUACAGUUUACAAUUUAGUCGAUGGUUUCUCAAGCCAAUUGGUGCGUGGCCACAAAUAAAUGCAUCUAGUUUAGUGUGCAAAAUCGUUAUACUACUACACAUUUUUAUUUGUUCAAGCAUGAUAGCAUCCAAUAUGGUACCAUGUUUGUUAUAUGUAUUAUUUGAAAAAGUCAAUAUUAAGCUAAAACUGAGUGCCGUUGGGCCAUUGCUUCACAGAGUUAUGGGCUCGGUACAUUACUGGGUGCUACUUAAGCGCAGUGGUGAUAUUCAUAAAGUAAUGCGACACAUGGAGACAGAUUGGCGUUUGAUACAGAGACUUGAUAAUCGUGAAGUAAUGCUACAACAAGCUAAGUUCGGUCGCUUUGUCGCCAUAAUUUGUGGUAUAAUCAUGUAUGGUGGUACAAUCCUGUUCAGCAUAGCAAAGGCAAUGAAAACCAUAACCAUUAACGUCGGCAAUGAAACUUUUACAACACGUCCGAUGACGUGUCCGGUUUAUAGUAAGAUCAUCGACACGAGAUUUAGCCCUAUGAAUGAAAUUGCGUUGGUUCUACAAAAUCUUGCAAUAUUAGUAGUGAGUUCCUCUACUGUCGGUGCUUGCAGUCUGGCUGCCGUUUUCGCAAUACAUGCUUGUGGUCAAUUGAAAGUACUGAAUGUGUGGCUACAUGAACUUGUUCAAAAUCAAAAGAAGGGAAAUGAUACAGCUGAACGAAAGCUAGCUGCUAUCGUCGAACAUCAUCUGAGAAUAUUGAGUUUUAUAUCACAAGUGGAAAGUAUUAUGCAUAAAGCCGCUCUUGUGGAAUUAGCCGGGUGCACCGUAGUCAUGUGUUUGCUUGGAUAUUACACUAUUACGGCUUGGGAAACACUUGAUACGACAAAAAUAACAUCUUCCCUUAUUGUGUAUUUAUCGAUGGGUUUCAAUAUAUUUAUAUUUUGCUACAUCGGAGGAAUUAUCACUGAACAGUGUAAAGAUGUCGGAGAAAUGGCAUAUAUGACUGAUUGGUACAAUCUACAUCAUAAAACUGCACGUGGUCUCAUUCUGAUUAUUGCCCGAUCGAAUAACGUAAUUAAAAUCACAGCAGGAAAGUUAUUUCAUUUAUCCAUUGCAACCUUUGGUGAUGUAAUUAAAACUUCGAUGGUAUAUUUAAAUUUUUUGCGAACAAUGACUAUACAUCUGACAAUAAAAACUAUAGAUGAACAAUUAUAUCGAUUGAAUAUACGUACCUGCCAGAUGAUCAUGUCAAAUUCCAAACGUGUGCCAGUAAGCGACAUAUCAAAAAAAAAUACCGAUUACAGUUUACAAAUUAAUAGAUGGUUCCUCAAGCUAAUCGGUGCGUGGCCACAAAUAAAUAAGCCGAGUUCAGUGCACAAAAUCAUGAUACUACUACAAAUUUUCAUUUGUUCAAGCAUAAUAGCAGUCCCAACAAUACCGUGUUUGUUACAUGUGUUAUUUGAGGCAGACAAUAUCAAGCAAAAGCUGAAUGCCUUAGGACCGCUACUUCAUAGAGCUAUGGGCUCGGUACAUUAUUGGGUGCUGCUCAAGCGUAACCGUGACAUUCAUAAAUUAAUACGACAUAUGGAGGUAGAUUGGAGUCUCAUACAAAAGAUUGACGAACGUGAAGUGAUGCUGCAACAUGCCAAGUUCGGUCGUUUCGUCGUCAUAAUCUGUGCGGUGUUUAUGCAGGGCGGUUUAUUUCUGUAUAGUUUAGGGAAAUCGAUGAAAACUAUAACCAUCAUCGUUGGCAACGAGACUUUCAAGACGCAUCCAACGAAUUGUCCGAUUUAUAGCAAGAUUAUCGAUACGAGAUUUAGCCCUGUGAAUGAAAUCACAUUAGUUUUGCAGAACCUAACAAUGUUCGUAUCAAGUUUUUCUACCGUUAGUGUUUGCAGUUUGGCUGCUGUCUUCGCGGUACAUGCUUGUGGUCAGUUGACCGUCUUGAAUACGUGGCUACAUAAACUUGUCGAAAAUCAAAAGAGAAAUGAUACAAAUCAAAAAUUGGCCGCAAUCGUAGAACAUCAUCUAAGAACAUUGAGUUUUAUAUCACGUGUGGAAAAUAUUAUGCACAAAGCUUCUCUUGCAGAAUUAAUGGGAUGCACAAUAACAUUGUGCUUAAUUGGAUAUUACACUAUUAUGGCUUGGGAAACGUUCGAUACCGCAAAAAUAACAUCCUACGUCUUUAUGUAUUUAUCAAUGGGUUUUAAUAUUUUUAUAUUUUGCUACAUCGGAGAGAUUAUCACAGAACAGUGCAAACGUGUUGGGGAAAUGGCAUAUAUGACUGACUGGUAUAAUCUACAUCACAAAACUGCACGUGGUCUCAUUCUGAUUAUUGCCCGAUCGAAUAACGUAAUUAAGAUAACAGCGGGAAAAUUAUUCCAUUUAUCCAUCGCAACUUUUGGUGAUGUAAUUAAAACUUCCAUGGUAUAUUUAAAUUUUUUGCGAACAAUGACUAUGUAA